AUGGCACACGGAAAAUUGGGCUGUUGCAUGAUGCGUCAUGGGAGUUUUCAGACCACCCAACGGGAUUGGGACGCGUGCAUUUGGAUGAAAGCGGCGCGCGGAAUGAAAAAGAGAGGAAAACAAAUUUGGCCUCCCAACAGAGUUACUAGACUCUUCAGAUACCCCUGGGAUUUGCAUUGGGAUAUGAUGGGGCAAAAAGCGUGGCAACACGAUGGAGUUGGGAAUAAGCGUCAAACACAACCUUUUUGUGUACUGUUAUUUUUUUCAUUAUUUUGUCUUGGGGUCGACAUUGGAACUGGGCCCGAUAGGAAGGAUCCCGAGUAUCAUGUACCCCUUGCUUAUGGUGGAUGCCUCGAACGCACGUAUGAGAAGUUAGGAUUAUUGAUACCAAUUUUUAUUUACCAAUUACCAACUAUGACUGCCUAUUUCUCUCUCUUUCAUGCGCGGUGA